AUGCUUCCAGAUUGGAAAGCCCGCAAAAGUGUGAAAGAAGCUCUUCGCCGACGCUUAUUCAAAGAAUAUCAGAUCAAGGCUCUUGUACCAGAUAAAAGGAAUGAAAAACUUACUAUCAAAGAGAGAGCUCAAUAUUGUGCAAAAACUGAAGAUCCAUAUGAUAUUUGGUUACAUGCUUUAGAUUUAAUCAAGACAAAAAAUAAUAGUGAUGAAGAAAUUGUCGCAUCCAACUCACGUCUUACAUUAUUUCGUAAGGAAUUGAAAGAAGCUGGAGUUGAUUCUAAAGUAAUUGAUAUAUAUGCUAAAUUUUCAGCACUUACUCAAGAUUCUAAUGAAAUUCAGAAGAGGCAACUUCCUAAGAAUUAUAAUCCUUUUGAUGCCCAAAUCGCAGAAAUAGAUUCGAUAUUAGCAGAAAUGUGA